CCCGCUCCUCCUCUGUGUGGAGGAACCCGGAAGGGAACGAGGCAAGGCUCCAGACAGGGGGGAAAGUUGCCGUUUCCUUGGUAACAGGAUUGUGGCCUGCUUCCCGGCAUCUGAGAUGGAAGAGCCUCGUGUGUACAGGUGCAUUGAGUGCAACCGGAAGGCGGCGGAGCUGUACAAGGACUACCAGCGCGGGGUGGUGCGGAUCUCCAUCUGCAAAUCAUGCCAGAAACCAGUGGACAAAUAUAUAGAAUACGAUCCUGUUAUCAUCUUAAUUAAUGCUAUCUUAUGCAAAGCACAAGCUUACAGGCAUAUUUUAUUCAAUACAGAGAUAAGUAUUCAUGGCAAGCUCUGCAUAUUUUGUUUGCUCUGUGAAGCUUAUAUCCGGUGGUUGCAACUACAGGGUUCAAGCCAAAGUCCUGAUCCUGAUGAUUUAAUUAGAUAUGCCAAAGAAUGGGAUUUUUAUCGAAUGUUUGCAAUAGCAUCUAUGGAACAAGCUGCCUUUUUAACUGGCAUCUUCAGUACUCUGUGGUUAGCAAAAUCAGUAGCUCUGAGAACCAAAGAAGAUCUCACCUUUCUUCUGAAAGCAUUGCUAUUAUCUAGCUAUGGAAAACUUCUACUGAUUCCAGCUGUUAUUUGGGAACAUGACUAUACUCAUUUGAGCCUCAAGCUCAUUAAAGUUUUCGUCUUGACAUCAAACUCUCAAGCAAUUAGAGUUACUUUGAAUACAAGCCGAAAACUUUGCCUGAUAGCCAUAUUGAAUGGAUUAAUUUUGGAAAAUGGUUUCAGCUAUUUGAUCCAGAGGAUAGGAUGGAAUGUUUGAGAUGCUCCUGUCAUAUUACACUAAUGGCAGAAAUGCUUGAUAAUGCAAAGAAAAACAGACUUUCUCACAGUUUACUACAUACUGAUUACAAAUGCACUGACAACAUAAUACUGAAUGUAAAUAAGAUUUUUCAUACUGAAUAGAAGAGAAUAUGAGAAGAAUUGAAAAACCCAGGAAAUGUAGGUAUGAAUCACCGAUAUUUAUUUUUUAUAACAUUCUUUGAUACCCUUGGUUUGUCAAAAUGGUCAGAAUGGUGCUACUGGUCUCCAAGGCAUCUAAGAACCAUUUUUAUGCAUUGCCGUUUUGUACUUUUCAUUAAAAAGAAAAAAAGAAA